GAGAGAGGGAGCACGCAUCAGCAGGAAAAGUCGACUUCUCUUCACAGCAGCAGGACUAACUGGUGUCGGGCUGUGAAGUGGUUUGUCCACUGCAGGUCAACAGUCAUGACGGAGGAGCGCCGGCACUGGAUGUGACGGAGGGGGCUUGCAGCUAAAGGAGCAACACAUUCAUCUGUGAGGCGAAGACACGUUGCUGUCCAGCUCGCAGCCGCUGAGAACCUUGGCCUCAGAUUUACAGACAACAUCUGCAUUCGAUCACCUGAGCAACCGAGCAUGGAGCCGUAAAUGUGUUGGUCAUUUUAAUCUGCUGAGGCCGGCUGUCGUCCUCCACAAUCAUCAAUUUGGAAUAACAAGAUAAAACUGCUGCCUGAACUUCAAGGUGGUCUGGACUUAAAUGUGUCCUCUUCAUCUGUGUGACUUGAUGAUCUGCGGCACCAUGGGCAGCGUCAGCAGCAUCGUCCCCGGAAACAGCCUCAACAGCAAACAUUGCAAGGCUUCGGAAUACCAGUUUAAAAAGGGAAUGAACAGCCAUAGGAAGAGUGGCGGCUGCAGCCUUGAUAGCUUGCUGAAUUGUGGUUUCGCUCAAGGAUCCUCUUCCCCCAUUCGCCCCCCUAAAUGCCUCUCACAUUCAAGAUCUGGGCGAAGUGAGGAUUUCUUCUACAUCAAGGUAAACCACAAACCCAGGUCGGUGUACCACACGCAAGGAUCGAUGCAGGAGCAUGACGGUGGAAGGAGCCGCGACUCAGAAGCCGAUGGGAAGCAGCAGAAAAAGCUCGUGUUCAUGCCUGGAAGUGUCACUGAGAUGACCACUGCUGACAAAUCACUGGUGCGUUCCACUGCCCUCAAGUCCGGGAUGGCUGGGAGUACGUUGUCCACGGAGAUGGAGCACAGCAGCCUGGACAGCUUCCUCAGCCCUCGGGAGAAAACCAGGACCCCAGAGAUUAGAAACAAGCAGGACACUCUCUUAGGGACUCUCUCCGACUCCGGGCGGAACUCGAUGUCCAGCCUUCCCACCCACAGCACCAGCGGCAGCCUAAAUGCCUCCACAGGCCCCGUCAGUAACAGGGACAGCAGCUCACUUCCAGCGAGCAGCCUCAAUAAGGGAGAGCAGACUUUCUCGCCAUGGGUCAGCGGGAAUAGCUCCAACAUUGACUCUAGCUUCAGGGCCAGUUCAAAAAGCGAGGGCUUGGCGGCAAAGGCUAAUGGGGACGGCGGCUCCCCAUUUUCUGCAGAUGAGCCUGGCCAUCUCUCCGAGAAUGUGGGUGGGAUUCGAUCUCCUAUAACAACAGAUGAGUCACUGAUUGAACAUUUGGAGCAAAGGCUGCUGGAGAGAGAAACAGAACUACAGGAGCUUCAGGUGAGCUACAUGCAGAAGGAAGCCGACACCUGCCAGCGACUGGACGAAGGACUGAAGUACUGCGCUGAGGAGAUGCAGGGGUUAAACCAGCGCUGCUCCAGCAAGUUACAACAAGCCUCUCAGGUGGCCACAAAAACCCAGCAGGCACUGCAGCUGCAGGUCAGCCAGCUCCAGGCGGACAAAGAGAGGCUUCAGGAGGAUGUCGCGAAGCUCAGCCGUGAAAAGGAUCUAGCAGAGCUCAGGCUGAGGUGCUGUGAGACUGAGAGCACGCAGCUCGCUCCGUCACUGGAGGACAUGCAGUGGGAGGUUUGCCAGAAAACGGGGGAGAUCUCGCUGCUUAAGAAGCAACUGAAGGACUGCCAGGUGGACGUCAGCCACAAGCUGAAUGAAAUAGUCAGCCUGCGGGCAACACUGAAGGAAAUCACAGCAAAGAUGGAGACGCUUGAGAAACAGAACAAAGAGCAGGGGGACAAGCUUCACACUCGCACCAGGGAGGUGGAGGUUUGCCAAAAUGAGCUGCAGCGCAAAAAGAAUGAGGCAGAUCUGCUGCGAGAAAAAGCUGUUCAACUGGACAAGGACAUUGAGCAGCUGAAGCAGGACCUGGCUGUCGCUGAGGAGCAAAGACUGCAACACAGUUUACAACUGGAAGUCUACGCUCAUACUCGAGCUUUGGAGCGGCUGACCCAAAGCUUGGAAUCCCCAGUCCAGGAUCAAGAAGACAAAACGGUAGAGUCCACAGAAUCACUCCUCAAGAAAGUCGAAAGACUGAGGAAGGAGCUCACUGAGGAAAAGGAUGCCAAGGAGAAGCUGGAGAACAGGUUUGCGCAGGAGCGACUGACUUGGAACAAAGAGAAAGAGAAGGUGAUCAAGUAUCAGAAACAGCUCCAGAUCAACUACCUGCAGAUGCACAAGAAGAACCAGGACCUGGAGAAGAUCUUGAAAGGGUUGACGGCUGAACUGGAGUCUCGGGUCGGGUUCGGCUUAGACAUGAACUACAGCUCUGGGUUACAGACAUAUGAUGAUGUCAUCGCAACAGAGAUUUGACUCCGCCUCACUUCUUUACAUGACACUGGAUUUUUCCCGCCAAUAUCUAUAUAUUUUUGCACAAACCGUAGACUGGAAAAACCCACGCUGACAUUUUUUUAUUUAUGUAAUUAUUUAAAAACUGUUUUAAAGUAGACAUUUGUGCCAAAUGGAAUUUAAAAAAUACACAUUACAACACUGUCAUUGCUGAGAUAUAGUAUUAAGUUAUUUUAAGAAAAUGGUAUUUUUAUACUUUUUGGCUGGCACCGUUGAUGUUGGUCAAGUAACGUUUUAUAAUUCCGACACACCCGAACAGUCCUAAUGGACUGCACUUGAAUGCCAAAUGUUUUCUACUUAAAUCAUUUGAAAUUGUUGCGUUCACUAGCCAAUGAAUUCAAGUCAUCAAUUCACUUUUCAUUAUCUUAGACUUAUUGGUCGGGUCCAUUAUCAUUCAUUCCCAUCCGUCUGUCAGGUACUGCAGGAUAUAAAUGUGGUGCCGUUCUCAAAGACCCACAAUUUUUAGCUUCACCUUGUUUCAAAAUCUCCUGAAAGAUCAAGAAAUAAGACAAGUAAAACACCUGGAAUAUAGAAUAGUGGAUGUAAAUGACUGAGUCUGGAGGGUACCUAUUGUAGGUCCUCUCUAUAUGAAGGUUGUAUGUUUUCCCUGUGCUUCAGUGGUGCCCUGAAGGCACUCUCAUUUCCUCCCUCAGCUAAAAUACAAACAGAAAUGUCCGCAGCUCUGAGUUCGCGCGGUGUAUUAGCAACCUCUCGGGGGGUGUCCCUCACCUCCCACAACCACAAGUAGCUCCGAUAUUCGCCAACCCUUGAGACCCUGUUAAGGAAAUAGGCAUUUAAAAUUCAAAUAAAUGAAUCUUUCUAAGGUCACAUACUCUGUACUUAAUACAUAUUAUCUUCACCAGCAAAACAGCAGGAGGCUUGUUCUGCCUGACGUGUCUUGGUUACGGCCUGGUAAUGCUGAUGUCCUUUCUAAACAGAGGGUGUUUAAACCACUGGUAGCCAGCCAAAUCUAGGUACCAGGUCAUUUCAUGUGCUACAUAACUGUUGAUGUAGAGUAUGAGAUGGGCUACGUUGACCACCGAAAAUGUGGGCCAGUCUCUGCACUUUCUCUCUGUCUACGAGUGCUGAGCGUAAACAUGUGGCCAUACAAAAUGGAUUUUCAUCAAGCCACAUGUGACAGGGCCAUUGAUCAAGAAAACCAUUCUCAAUAAGUGGAAAGCUGUUGUUUGAAAUGAAUACAGUAGAUGAGCCACAAACAUGCUUCGCUUGCCACAUGACCCCGACAUUUUACCGACAUAUCUCCACUCUGCUCCACAGAACUCUGAUGCAACACUGAUGCAUUGCACUCACGAUAUCAACAAGUCAACAACUGAUGGAAGAUUUUGGCGUCUGUAUUUACACCUGCAUCUCUAUGUUUGUCUGUAUUUAUGCGAGGGAUAACCAAAUGUCUUCCAGUUUAAAACAAAACAAUUGCUGCGAAUACUUGCAGUUGUUCCGUGAGACGGCAUUUAUUGUCACUUAUUGUAAUAAAUGUUUUACUACACUAGUUCUGGCUGCCAUGAAUAAAA